AAAUCUCUAGCUUGCCCGCAGGGAUUCCCUCACGAGCCAAUCGCUUGUGAGCCACGGGACCGCCAGGAACAAAGAUGGCCGGGGCGGUCUCGGCGAGGGCAGGCUGAUACGAAAGCCAGGCACUCGGCGGGACAGCAAAGGCAGAGUAGCAACAGCCGCGCUGUCGGGAGCAUGGAGGAGGGCAGCAGCGGCGGCAGCGGUGGCAGCGACAGCAAUCCCGGCGGGAGUGGUGGGGCACAGCAGAGAGAGCUGGAACGAAUGGCUGAAGUCCUCGUCACCGGGGAGCAGCUCCGGCUGAGGCUCCAUGAAGAAAAGGUUAUUAAGGAUAGGCGGCAUCAUCUCAAGACCUACCCAAACUGCUUUGUCGCGAAAGAACUGAUCGACUGGUUGAUUGAGCACAAGGAGGCCUCUGACCGAGAGACGGCAAUAAAACUCAUGCAGAAAUUAGCUGACCGGGGCAUCAUUCAUCAUGUGUGUGACGAGCACAAGGAAUUCAAGGAUGUAAAGCUCUUCUACCGCUUUAGAAAGGACGACGGAACCUUCCCGCUGGACAACGAAGUGAAGGCCUUCAUGAGAGGACAGAGGCUGUAUGAAAGACUGAUGAGCCCAGAAACUACCCUCCUACAGCCGCGGGAAGAGGAAGGGGUGAAGUAUGAGCGAACCUUCAUGGCCUCUGAAUUCCUGGACUGGUUGGUUCAGGAAGGCGAGGCCACGACAAGGAAAGAGGGGGAGCAGCUUUGCCACCGGCUCAUGGAGCAUGGCAUCAUACAACAUGUGUCCAACAAGCACCCAUUUGUGGACAGCAAUCUCCUCUACCAGUUCAGAAUGAACUUCCGUCGGAGGCGAAGACUGAUGGAGCUGCUCAAUGAGAAGUCCCCCUCCUCCCAGGAGACGCACGACAGCCCCUUCUGCCUGAGGAAGCAGAGCCAUGACAGUCGGAAAUCCACCAGUUUUAUGUCAGUCAGCCCCAGCAAGGAGAUCAAGAUCGUGUCUGCCGUGCGGAGGAGCAGUAUGAGCAGCUGUGGCAGCAGUGGCUACUUCAGCAGCAGCCCGACGCUCAGCAGCAGCCCCCCGGUGCUCUGCAACCCCAAGUCUGUGCUGAAGAGACCUGUCACUUCUGAGGAACUCUUGACCCCUGGAGCUCCGUAUGCCAGGAAGACAUUCACGAUUGUUGGUGAUGCCGUUGGCUGGGGCUUUGUGGUGCGAGGAAGCAAGCCAUGCCACAUCCAGGCCGUGGACCCCAGUGGACCUGCAGCCGCCGCAGGGAUGAAGGUCUGCCAGUUCGUUGUCUCUGUCAACGGGCUCAACGUGCUGAAUGUAGACUACCGCACCGUGAGCAACCUGAUUCUGACAGGCCCACGGACCAUCGUCAUGGAAGUCAUGGAGGAGUUAGACUGCUGAGCACAGAGACGUUCCUGCUGGUGCCCUGUCCCAGGACCACACAGCAAUGACAUAACAUGACAGCCAGUCAAAUGGAUAAUUGGGACGUACAGAUCUUUUCUCUGUCCAUGCACACCUUGAAUUUCAUGCAGUGUUUGAAUGUGGAGGGAUUGGAUAACACAUCUUUAAAAAAAAAAAAAAACACAGCAGGGGGUGUGGUGGUCCCUAAUCCCAGCACUCAGGAGGCCGUGGCAGAAGCAGAGCUGCCCCGUUCAAGGCCAGUCUCAGCUCACAGUGUGAGUGCCCCUCUCAAAAACGGUGUGCGCUCACACGUGCUUGCACACGCAUGGGCUCGUGCCAAUGUAGAUGACAAUAGCUAAACAGUUUCCCUUUGGGGUGGGAUUGCCUUACUAGAGCCCAGUCCGUAGUCCCCGACCAUUGGUUUUCGUGGUUGCAGAAAGUUGCUGAAAUAGCACCGUGGGAAAAUGCCAUUUUCAGAAGAAUGAUUAUUAUAUAGCUUACGUCAUUUCUAUUGUUCUUUCGUGGCAGGGAUAAUGAAACAGCGCCUGCAGUCCUGAAUACUCAGGGCACGGGGUGCAAGAGGAGAAUCGCUUGAAUUCUGGAGGUUGCGCCAGCCUGGGCAACAUAGUGAGACCCCCACAUUAGCAAAAAAGGUUUUUCACCAAAAUUAGCCUGAGGCUGUUAAAUAAGCCUAGAUUUCACCACCUUAAAGUGAAAGCACCAACCCUAGGAAUGUGACCGGCUAACGAGAAUUUCCACAAAGGUUCUUAAGCAUUCAACGGCCUAAAAGCCAUCAUCGCGGAGUAACUUUUUCCUCUCUAUUUAAAUCUUCUUACUGGGGUGGUGGGGCUUGCUAGGUCUCCCCUGGCUACUGACUUCUCCUUAAUUUCUUCCUUUAUCACCAAUUUUCAGCUUAACCUGUUUCAGGUAUGGCAUAAAUAAAUAAUAAAACAAACCUCCGUGCCCCGGGUGGUGGGGAUGGGCAAGGAGACAAUCUGUGACCCUCUGUUCUCUUUUGCCCCAUGCAUGGGCUCCAGCAGCUUUCUGGGGUUCAUUUGAAGUCUUCUGGGUGUGAAAGCAAAGAGGUCUGUGCAUGCCCAUGGAAGACUCAAAGUCAAACCUCUGCUGAGAUUGCACUUUGCCAGCGUCCACUUUUAAGGGAUUCGGCUCCAGUGCAACAAAGUUGAGAUUCAAAACGCCUUCUUAGCCUGGAUUUUUGCAAGCCUUCUAAUGUCAUGGUACGUGCUGCUCCUUUAGAGGUCUGCUUGCCACUGCCGCCUCCGUCUUGUGUUGGAAGUCUUCAUCUCCCUUGCGUGUGUUUCUUUGAUCUAGAAAAGACUCCCAGAGAAUCAGAUAUGGUAGGCUGUGCCUGUAAUCCCAGCACCCAGGAAGUGGAGGCAGGAAGAUCAGGUAAGCCCGAGAUUUAGGAGACCCUGUAUACCAGGAGGGGUGGGGGAUACAUUCAGGGUAUUGGUGUGGAGAGGAUAGUCCUCAGAGUACCAAAUGAGAGAGUCAUUUUGCAUACUAAAUUUUGAACAGAGAGGCUGCUUUCUUAUUAUGCAUUAACAAAAUAAUUGUUAUGCCUCAGUAAUUUUUUAGUGGGAGGUGAUCAUCAUGUAUUGGUACUGGUGGGAUGCAUUUAGUUAUCACAUAUAUGCAUUUUAUUAGCAUAUAUAUGCUAAUCCAACUUUUCUAGCUUUGGUAAGAAAAUGGGAUUUUGAAGCGCUACGGGAUAGCUGACACUAGUAUUACCCAUCCUUGUCUGAAAAAGAUGCCGCGUGAGUACACUUAUGCUACGAGCAAGGCUCUCUGCCGUGGCAUUUAGUGUCUAUGCUCUCCUCAUCCCCUGUCACAGCCUUUUAAGAUAACUGUUAUCACCCUCAUUUUUAGAUGAGGACACUAGGACUGAGGAGAUUCAAUAAUGGUCUCUAAGUCCAAGCACCUGUGAUAACUACAUAACCACAGCCCAUUUCUCUGAUGCUAAAGCCCCUUUGCCUGUCUGCCGCAGACUUCCUAUUUAGAGGUUUUAUAUUCAGGGCUCUUGAAGACUUCAUGGGUUUUUGUUUGUUUGUUUGUUUGUUUUUAUUGGCCUGAGAGGUCUAUACCGUCAUCACCCAUUUUAUAGAUGAAGAAACCGACUCAUAACACAGGUUGGUUCAUCAUACGCUCAAAACAGCCCAGCAACUCUGUAGGAGACCUUACCACGUGGCUUUCAUUUGUGUUUGUUGCUUGUUUUGAGACAGUGUCAAGCUCCUCCUCCUCCACUUCCUAAGUGGGAUUAUAGGCUCACAGCCCUGCCCUCAGACAGCAUUAAAACCCCAACAGAGGAGUCUCGGCUGUUUUCUGUCUUAGGUGUUUCUGGACUGACAGAAGAGGUAGGGAUGCCUGUGCGGCGUUGCAUUCUUCUUGCUGCUUACCUGUGAAUGCCGUUUGUCUUGAACCCGAGAUCCUAUAAUUUCCCUUUAGCCAAACUGGAAGCGCCUCUCUGUACUCCACACAGCUUCUCCUUCUAGCCAUCAGGGAGGGAGCGAAGAACACUUUAACUGUUUUACUUGGUUCUUCUCAUUCCCAGUUUAAAGGUCAAGUGCCAAAGGACAUUUGCUACCUCAGCAAAUAUCUUUUGACUUUGAGUUAAGGUCUCUCUUAUUACAAUUAAGAUAAAUAAAUCUUUAAAUUAAAAAAAUAAAACUAGCCCAGAAUCCAGGAGAAUUCCAGUGGGGAAAUAGAUACCAUCUUUUAUGAGAAGACUUGCAUGGAAUUUGUGGCCAUUUCCAAAUCUCUAAAAGUAAAUGCAAAAAAGGAGUCAUUGCUCCUUGAAGGUAGUUAUUGAAAGCUUUAGGCUCUCUGGGUCCAAAUUCAUAUCCAACCAUUGGAUGGGAAUGUCAAUGAAGUCCGAUUUCUAAUGAUAUUUUCAGAGUCCGUAGACCUAAAAUGUUAGUGCCGUGUACUAUGUAGUACACAGUUUAAUUAUCUUAUUUGACUAACAAAUGAGGUAUAGAACGGUCUUGUGCUAUACCCAAACUCAUGAAACUUGUCAGGUAGGAAUUUGAGCUGCACACCUUCUGAAUCUGCUGCCAUCCAGCCCUGUUGCAGUACAACCUUCUGCAACUGAAACAGGCCUAUGGCAUGAUGUACUCAAAAAUCAAAGCAGUACCUGGUGUCUGGGAAGGGAAUAUCAUCUUUUAUUGUUGUUGUUUGUUUCAGAUUCUUAUUCUGAAUGUAGGCCAUGUUGGCUGGGAAUGUACUAUAUAGCACAGGCUAGUCUCAAAUUCAACCAUCCUCCUGCUUCAACCUCCUGAAGACUAGAAUUACAAGCCUGAGCUACCAUGCCUUUUUUCAAUUAUUUUGGUCUUCAUGUGUAUUGGUGUGUCUGUGAUCUUCAAAGAGGAAAUGAUACGUACUGCCUGAUAUAACUUACCUAUGCACCUUGGACGCUUUCCUUCUUGUUCCUUAAAAAAAUAUUUUCAAAGCCAGGCUUGAUGACUCACACCUAUAAUGCUAACAUUUGGGAAGCUGACGCAGGGGAAUUGCCAUGACCUUAAGGCCAGACGGGGCUACAGAGACUUGACCUACAAAACAAAACUAGACAAAAUAUUCUAAACUUUUUUUAGAUGUCUGUGUGCAAUUUUUUAUGCUUUAAUGAUGGGAAGGAAGACAGUUUUUGUUCUGUAGUUAGCACUGUAUGUGCAAAUUAGAAGACCAUCUUUUGUCGAAAUGAAAACCGCCAUUGUCCUUUGGUCCAUUUCUGCCUCCUGAGGUUUAAUUACAACUAGGUGUGGUGACCCAGAGCAAGGAAAGACUCAUGUUGGAGAAGGGAGUUUUAGGCUAUCCUGGGCUCACACAGAGACCCUAUCUAAAGAAUAAUUUAUCAGGCCUAGGAUCUCACCCCUCUGAUCCCAGCACUGCAGAAGCAGAAGGAUCACCAUAUCCAAGGCCAGCCUGGACUACAUGUGAUAUCCAAAAGGCAUAAUAACUAAGGCUAAGAUCAAGAGAUGGUAGUUGGGAUGAGGAAGACAAGCCAUCUUCACCUAAAUGUGCCGUGACGGACUUUACACCAUUGGUGACAGCUGGCUUCUUUUGGAAGGACAGACACCAAGGUUAAGAAUAUCGCUGCUUUCCAUUCAAACAGGAGUCUUGGGUUUCCACACUUUCUUUUCAAAGGUCCGGUGGAGAUGAUCCACUCCCGGGGCCUGCUUUAAACUGUGAGUACUGGCUCUUCUCCGCAGGCUGCUGAGAAGUCUGUUUUUCUUUGCCUAUAAAUGAGCAGAAUAACCCCAGGGCACUUUGAUGUGGCUGGCUGGGUGAAAUUGGUUGUUGCCAUCAAUCGUGAUUUUCUGUCACCUGAGCUUCAGGUGGAAUGUAUAUUUCUUCGAUUGCAGUCCCCAAAGGACAUAAGAGCUGUGUGCCAAAAUGAAGUUCACUGUCAAAGAUCACAUAUAGGAUUGUUAAAUGAGUUUAAAAAUACUUAAUAUAUAGCUUUAUUUUAAAAUUUGGUGAGAGUGAUUUGCUAUCUUUAUUAAAUCUGUACUGUAAUUCUUAAAAUGAUUGUAUGAAAACACAAGGGCAUAGCAUGAAAUAAA